AUGCGCCUGUGUUGUUGCUGCAGCAGAAAUUCUGAUGAAGUCGACAAGGGCUCUGCUAUCGAGCUCCGUGCUGGACCAGAGGUUGAAGAAAUUCCGCUGCAGUCUAGCAAUGCAUCGCACGUGGAGGAGGAUCUACAAGGGAAGCUGUGGUAUCACGGAAGGCUGACCCGCGAGCUGGCGGAGCCGCUGCUGUGUGCAGACGGCGACUUCCUGGUGAGGGAGUCGUCCGUCAAGAACACGCCGCGACUCACUCUGUCCGUGCGGUGGCAGCGGGACGUCAAGCACAUCAUACUGCUGCGCAGCCACGAGGGCUGGUACUGCAGGCCGGGAGUUUUCUUCAGCAGCGUGGAGCAGCUGGUGUUGGGUUACCAGAGGUCUGGGGAGCUGUUGCUGGACGGCUGGGGCGGGCAUCUCCUGAGGCCCGUGCAGAACGUCACCUGCGACCUCACCAGCCAGGACAUCACCCUCAUCAAGAGCAUCGGGGAGGGCUACUUUGGGGAGGUGUUCCUAGGGCUGCUGAGAAGUUCUGGGGAGAAGGUGGCGGUCAAGAUGUCCAAGGUGGACCUGCCCCACGAGCGCCGGCGUGACAUCAUAGACGAGGGCCAACUGCUCCAACGCUACAGACACCGCCACGUAGUCGGCUUCGUCGGCAUGUGCCUCUACCACAGCACCAUCAUGGUCGUCAUGGAGUUUGUCCCAGGUGGUUCGCUGCUUCAGCACCUGAAGGAGCACCGGCUGACGCUGUCCACAGGAGAGCUGACGGCCAUGUGCCGUGACGCGGCUGAGGGGAUGGCCUACCUGGAGGCUAUGAAGUGUGUGCACCGCGACCUGGCCGCCCGCAACUGUCUGCUGGGAGAGAACAACCUGGUGAAGAUAUCGGACUUUGGCAUGUCCCGCGAGGUGGAGGACUACUACAUGGCCCACAACCUACGCCAGGUGCCGGUCAGGUGGACGGCUCCUGAGGCCCUCCAGAUGGGCAAAUACUCGUGGAUGAGCGACGUGUGGAGCUUCGGCGUGCUGAUGUGGGAGGUGUUCUCGCGCGGAGCCAACCCCUACACGGGCUUCAGCAACCAGGAGGUGCGGGACAAGGUCGAAAACGGUUUCCGCAUGCGCCCCCCAGCUGGGACGCCAGUCGCCAUGGCGACGCUGAUGUCUCGCUGCUGGGAAGCGGAGCGUAGGCAGAGGCCGCACUUCUCAGAGAUCCUGCAGGCCAUCGAGGACUUCCAGGCCCGGAGUGGACCACUCCAGUAGCUAGCCGGGCUGGGAAGCCCUCCUCACCACCUUGCUGUACUUCCGCACCAGCGGCGCCAAUCUCAUGUUGACAUUCUCUGUACCUGCAACGUGGACAACAAGGCACAGAGGGCUUCGUGUCUACUGGACCGACGACCAGGUGUUUUCAGUGGCUGAGAGUCCACAAGCACAUCCCAGUCAACGCAGAAGUCAUACACACCCGGUGUACCGACACAGAUCAGGACAGCACCGGCACCGUGUGCUCACGAAUUGUCUUGUUGGAAGAUAAUGUGACAGAGAUAUCAAAGAUAGCGUCAAAUCAAAUGACUUUUUUUAUCAGUCUUGUGACCACUUUGAUGCAUCCCGUAAUGACUUUCUGUGCUAUGGCAAUGUCUUCUUCGCAGAGCAGCACAUGCAGCCAAAUCUGCAGUUAUCUGUAAGCAUGGUUUGAUCUGAGGACGGCGCAGCUUUGCCCUGCGGUGCCAUUCGGAUGAGGCGUCAACCUUCUUGCGGGGUGGUCUGGGUGGUGGGACCUGACCCACCUCCUCGUGUUCUACGGCCUCCUACGAAUCAUCCUGCACACGCCCGUUGCACUGCCGAAACACUACAUCCCACACGAACAGCAAUUUCCUGGAUGGGUGCACUUAUUCUUUCGUGCCAAUAACGCGCCCACUUUCAAACUCACUGAUUUGGUGGUACAGUUCACACAUAGAUUUUCGAUUCGCCCUGAACGUCUGCUCAAAUCGUGCUGAUCCAUUACCUUCUUUGACAUAGAGAGAUGCAGGCACGUUUUAUCUGCAGGUGGUGUUGCACCGCAAUAUCAAUGUUGACUUGAACUCAAGGGCCAACAUGGUUCAAAUGCUAAUCAUUUCUGCAGAACAUAGGGGAACUUGGGGCGGAACGAGAUACUUAAUGUUUAACAAUUUGUAUAAAAUAAGGGAACUCAAGGAAACACUUCUUAAAGUUAUAAAGAAAACACCUUGUACCAUAACCUAACGUACCUUAUUUUAAAAUCACUCAGAACAAUACAUUUUGCAUUUUUUACAAUUUUUCAAAGACAGUCUUGCAUAUUUCCUGUUCCACCCCACCCACAGGGCAGAAUGGGAUAAGGCUAUUUUUUGUUAAAUUAUUGCAUAAACGUUGAAUUUGAAUUGCGAAUACCGUAUUAAACUAUGACAACAUGUUGUAUAAAAGGCAAUGCAGACUAAGGAAUGUGUAAUUUAAACAAUUAAAAAGUCAUUCUUCAAAAUAAGAAAAAUUUUAAUGUCAGUCUGAAAAAUGUACAAUGCUUAAUAAUCACCAAACCACUAACUACUAGCGCUUUCGACAAUAGUCACAAAUCAGUAUUUCCUCUUCAUCUUCACUGUCUACACCAGCACAUGAAUGGUGUGCCCACUUGAAACACCUAGCAUGUGACCCAGCCCUCAUUAGAAACGGAG